ACCGUUCCACAGCCCAGAGGGUCAAUAUCCCCAUCCGAAUCGUCCUCCUGUUCAGCGUCGGCGACAGCGUCUGGUGCUGGUAUGCGUUUGGCCGCCGCCGCCUGGUCACUGUCCUCGACGGCUUCCAUGGGCCUGGUGCUCGGUGCUCCGUUUGGACUUGAUGGCUUCCGCCCGCACGUUGCUUAUUUACCGUUUUCGCGUAUUUUUAUUUGUUUGUCGACUUUUGUUGUUCUUGACCAGGGUUGGUAAACGGUGCAGGACACAAGAGUGUUGGCAAAAGUCGCGACAAGCGCGACGGCUAGUUCUGUGUUGGUAACCGGUCGUGAUGUAACACCGCAACAGCUGUUUGGUCCGACUUGGUCUGAAUAUUGCGAGGCGAGAGAUAUGCGAGUUCCCAGUGCCUUGUUUGCCGCCCGUGGCCGAGCCCCACAGAACGAGGCCGAUGUGCCCUUCCAGGAGAUUCUGCCGCUGCGGCUGAAGAACACGGUUAGCGGGAAGGCGGACUCCGGCAACGAUGUGGCCUGCCUGCAGGAGAUGGGCGUGCUCUUCGCCUGUCUGAAGGACAACGAGUUCGUGGAGAAGUACUGCCACAAGGAGAUCAGCCAGUUCCAAAACUGUUUCAAGUGCUAUAUGGACCGCAAGUUUGAGGCCAAAAAGACGGUCAACCAGGGCGUUGUGCAACCGGGAAACAACCUCAACUACAAGCAGCUGAACAAGUAUAUGCGCCGCUAUCCCAAUCCCCUCUAGCUCAUAGCCUACUUGAGUCCGUUGAGUCGUUUAUUAAUACACUAAAUAUUUACA